AUGAGGAUCUUCAAGGACGCUCUGACAAACGCCGAGGUCUUCUGCGACAACGACAGGCCCGUGGAAGUUGAGGGCGACAUUGUGUACAUGCUGAAGGGCAGCUACAUUGAGGUGGGCGGCGAGGACUACGGCAUCUCGGCCAACGUGGACGAGGACGCCGGCGAGGGCGCGGUGGGCGAUGUCGAUGACUCCAAGAAGCAGGUCAUUGAUGUGGUGCACAACAACCGCUACACCGAGACCAACUACGACAAGAACUCGUACAUGGCGCACAUCCGUAGCUACAUGAAGCAGCUCCUGGAGAAG